CUAGAAAGUCUUGCUUUUUGCGGCCGCACGAUACAGGGAGAGUGCUACCCACGCUUGUGGCGCAUUGUGGUAUACCUCGAGCCCAUUCACAGCGCCCGCGGCCCUUUGGCGCCGGUCCCACACCGCGCCAGGCCCCCAGCAGCACCCUGCUGGCACUGCAGCCGGUCGGCGCCGCCGCAGCAGCGCCCACAUAAAUAACCGCGCCCGCACAUCAACAACCGCAAAAAGACUGCUGUGUGGAUCUGCAGCUAUCGACGCCGCCGCAGCGCCGCCCACAUAAAUAAGCGCGCCGCGCCUAGAACCAAGCGCGAAAAAAAAAGAUGUCCCUCUCCUUCCUCGCCAAGAAGACCUGGCACACGCAGCGCACGGACAACGUCGAGCAGGUCUGGCUCGCCGAGCAGAAGAAGGAGAAGGAGGAGAAGAAGCUCAAAGAACUGCAAAAACAAAUCGACGAGGAGCGCCAGAUCGAGGAGUUGCGGACCUUACAAAAAGAUGCGGGUUUGGUCACGGAUCCAAAACAAAAGCUCGAAUGGAUGUACGAGGGUCCUGGGUCGGCAGUGGCGUCGGAGGCGCAGGCUCGGGAAUACAAGCUCGGCAAGGCCUACGAGCCGACGAAGCAGUCCGAGGAGAUGAGUCAGCUCGAAAACAAGAACGUGGCCGGUAGCACGUGGCUCGAUAACACGUCUUCAAACGAGAACGAGCUGUUUUCUCGGUUAAAUCAGGAUCCGCUGUACGCGAUGCGUCAAAGUCAGAAACGAGACCGGGAGCAAAAAGUCCUGCAGAACCCUUUAGCUAUGAAGCGCCUGCGAGCUUCGCUUCGAGACGAAUUGACGGCGUACGAACAAAAACGGGCCGUGCGCAAGGCCGCGAAGAAGGCCAAAAAGGCCGAAAAAAAGAGACGCAAAAAGGAGAAGAAGAAAAGGAAGCGCGCGUCUCCCUCGUCGUCGCCGUCGCGCUCGCGCUCUCGCUCUCGCUCACAAUCGCCGCGGCGCCGCUCACCAUCACCGCGGCGCCGCUCGCGGUCGCCGCCCCACGAAAAGCGGGACGGCUACGGCCUCCGCAAGGGCCGCGUCGACGAUAGUAGGGGACCGCGAAAUCUGGGCCCCGACCGCGGCGCCGUCGCGGCGCGCGAGCGCGAGGCGGCGGAGCGGAGAAGACGGCCGCAGCGCGAGCAGCUGACGGACGAGGAGAAGGCGCGGCGCCUCGCCGAGUUCGCGCGCGACGGCGCGGCCAAGCACGAGGCGGCCCAGGUGCGCGCGCGGCGCGACGGCGGCGCCGGCGCGGCGCGGGCCGCCGUGGCCGACGACGAGGCCGAGCUGCGGCGGCGCGCGGCCGCGGGCGUCGCGGCCGACGGCGCCAAGUUCCUGCGCGCGGCGCGCACGGAGGCGUACGUCGACGGCGGCGGCGACCUCGCGGACCGCGUCGGGCGGACGCGGGCGCGGCGGCAGCGCGGCGGCGGCGGGGACGAGGACUUGUAAUUAGCUUGACGUAUGAUU